AUGUUUGCUGAUAUCGUAUACCAAAGUGGCGAUCAAUACAUUCAAAGUUUCGAAGACAUUCAAGCCGGGAUUCUUGUAUUCCUGCCAUGCUGGAUUGGUUUACUUAUGGUGACAAUUGUGAUUCGGGGUUGUGUGAAACUUCCGGGGAUGCAAUCGUCUUUUGGAUAUUUGAUGAAAUAUUAUAUGAUAGCUGGAAGCAUUGCGCCGAUAAAUAUGGGUGUUUUCUAUUUUUUCGGGGUGAUGAUGUGAGUUUGAAACACGAAAACGCGACGCACGCCGACCGCGACGCAUCUGAAGGUAUAGAACAUAUCACUUGGGCCUUCCCGUUUGUUGUCGGGCACACUGCGUUUAUAUUUCACGCGAGAGAAAACGAGAGAGUGUGCGUGUAGAAGAGAUGCGAGACGAAAAAGGGAUAUGAACAAAAGGUCUCGCAGCGAAUUUCUCUCGAAACCGGGAAAAUGUACAUUCUUAAAGGGACAUCAAAUUCGUCAUCAACAAUUCCCGAAUCUUCGGCAUGAUCGCUCUAAUCCUCACACCAAUUCUACAAUCCCAACUCCUCAUGAUUUCACUAAAUCGAUUCUUCGCCCUCGCAACCCCGGCAUACUAUAAGAAAAUGUUCGAGUUGAAAUAUCAACGAGUUUUUGUUUUUCUCUGCUGGUCUACCCCGCUGAUCUACACACCGAUUAUCACCUAUUAUAGUGAGUUAGGCUAAUUCUCUUUUGUGUGGGUUCAGGAAAAAAAGAAGAGAAUUUCAGAUGACUGCAGCUAUAAAUUCUAUCAUUAUGGCUGGUUGUUCACCUAUGUUAUCAAUGAGAAAUGUGGGAAUAAGCUUGAGAUUAUGCUGCGGGGAGUUCAGGCGUUUUUUGCCUACUCAAUGGUUCUUGUUGAUAUUGUCACGAUUCUUCUGUUGAUUUGCUUUAGGGUAAGAUUUCCCCCUCCCAAACAGGACAAAAAUACGUUUCAAUCAUUAUCUUCUGCAGAAAAAAGUGCUUCAAUCACACAGCGCUCAAAUCCGCCGACGCGAAAUCAGUUUCGGUCAACAAGUGGUGAUCCAGGGUUUCGUCUACAUGAUGUAUGGUUUCUGGUACAAUCUGGGCAAUCGUUGGAUCCCCCAAAGUAUCCCCGAAAAUUGGCGGAUUUUUUGGACGACUGCGUUCUCAGCGAACAUGCUGCAUAUUUUUGGGACCAGUGUCAUUUUCAUUUUCAAUAGCGAGUUUUCCCGGUGGUUGAGGUGUUAUAAACGCGAGGAGAUUAUUGUAGUUUCGAAUACCUCGAAUUAA